AUGACUGCUAUCCGGAGCCCGAAGGGGACUACCAUUGCAUCGAGAAGGGGGAUGGAGAAAAUCAUCUACGACUUCUACUCUGAUCCCUUCGAUAGCCAUGUCCACUUGCCCCCUCACCAUCUGAGGGAAGACCAACAUGUCAUCCCAGAGGUUCUCCCGUGCGAAAUAGGACAUGCUAUCAUGUCGGUGAGAAAUCGUACGGCACCCGGUCCCGACAAAAUAAGACCAGAACAACUGAAGAAGCUUUCGCCAGUACUCAUCAACACCCUGGCGAGGCUCUUUACACGUUACCUGUCGGAAUGCAAGGUUCCUAAACAAUGGAAGACCAGCAAGACCGUGUUGUUGUAUAAAAAAGUAGAUCCAUAUGACAUCGGCAACUAUCGCCCAAUCUGCUUACUGUCCGUCAUCUACAAGCUCUUUACAAGAGUGGUAUUUAAUAGGAUUGAAAAAGUCUUGGAUGAAGGACAGCCAUGCGACAUUGAACACAUUCACACUGUUUCGAAACUCAUCAAGGUAUCACGAGAGUACAGGAUGCCGCUCUGUCUCGCCUUCGUCGAAUUGAAGGCCUUCGACACAGUUGAGACGGAAGCGGUCGUGGAAGCCUCGGACAACUAA